AUGGGUCGCAGGAAGAUUGAGAUCAAGGCCAUCAAGGACGACCGCAACCGCUCUGUGACGUUCCUGAAGCGCAAAGGCGGCCUCUUCAAGAAGGCUCACGAGCUUUCGGUGCUCUGCUCCGUCGACGUUGCAGUCAUCAUCUUUGGGCACAACAAGAAGCUGUAUGAGUUUUCCUCCGGCGACAUCAACGAGACCAUCGGACGGUACCAAUAUUAUGGCGGCGCACACGAGCACAAGGGGCCUGAAGACUUCAUGGGCAAGAAGGACAUGGAUGACGAGGACGACGAUGAGGAGGGCGGCAUGUUGGCCGGCUCUCCCCCGCGAGACUCGCACACCCCUCCCGAACACUCCAUGAUGGGACACCAUCUGCAGACCAACCCCUCCUUCCAGCACAUGCGACAUGGCACCCCUUCGAACUCCCCGCCAAUGCACAACGGUAUCCCGUAUCACGCCCGACACCCCUCUCCGCAACCGGGAAGCCUUUCUCGACCCGAUUCCCGAGCUCAGAUGCGUCGACCAAGCUCCAAUCUGGCUCCUCCACACCAUCCAUCCCAAGCGCCACCACCCCAGAACAACUAUGCGUACAUGCCAAACCCGCCUUUCUACAAUCCCCAGGCUGCGCAGGGUAUGGCGCCUAAGCCCCCACCAGCACCAGCCCCACCCCAAUUCCAAUACACCCACCCUCCGGCUCAUCCGCAAGUCCAAUACAUGCAACAGCAGGAGCCGCGGAGGCAGUCGAUGCCCCCUGCUUUCCAGCAACCGCAGCAACCGCAACAACCACAGCCGCAACAAGAGCUUCCCCAAUCGCAACCUCAACCGCAGGCUCCACCCCAGAACCAACAAUUAACCGUACCAUCGCCGCCGCAACCAAACCGCAAUAACUUCCAGAGCCCUCCCUUGCCGCAACAACCCAAACCACUACCCUCUGCCGCCAAGCACAGCAUUUUCACACCCAUUGAUGAUAGCCAGUCUAUGUUCGCUUCAUGGGGAUCGAGCAAUGCAGAUCCGCCACGUAGUGACCCUCCAGCGAUCAAGACUGAGCCUGGAGUCCGAUCGCAAUCGAUUGAUAUUGUUUCUGUUUCACGAACUCAGGCAAAUGGCAACUCCCCUCCGCGCCCAUCCCCUCCUCACGUGCUAAACCACCCUCAGCGGACUCAAUCUGCAUCCUCAAUGCCUAUUUCUUCGGUAUCUCGGACCAAUAGUAUCUCUCAAAAGCCACGUCUGAUGCUGCAGAUCCCCGACGACAAUGAAUCGCAGAAUGGAAGCCAAACAGCAGAGUCAUCGCCCAGAGGCUCUGGAACAACCGGUGCAACCCCAGCAAGGACUAGCACUGACACGCACUCCUCCGGCGUUGUUCUGCCUCCACCUUCCCCCAGCGCUAAUUCCAUCAUGAGCGCUGGAGCUACUGGACCGCCAAAUCCUUUCGCACGACCAGCACCUCCUACCAACAACGGAUCGUAUGGGAGCCGUGGCGAAAUGGAGACUCCCAUCUCUGCGCUUCCUAGCCGCUUCGUCGAAAAUGGACUUCUGCCUUCACCAUCGAGCUUCUACCCUGAGUGGGGCUUUGGCAGAGAUUCCAACAUGCUGCCCAGCCCGCUUCCCUUCCAGACGCCAGUGGCCCCAAACGGUCCUAGCUUCGGUCGCGACGAGCCUGCCGAUCGCAAGCGUAAACCCUCUGAUGAGGGUUCCGAUGCAGGCAGCCAGAAGCGAGUAAGGGCUUGA